UAUUAAUUUAUAUAUAUUGUGUAUUUUAAUAAUGUCGAGAUAUUUAAAUGAAUAAUAUUUAAAUAUAUUUUUAUAAUUAUAUUAAAUAAACGUAAUAUCUUACAUAUAUAUGUAUUAGUUGUGCUGUUGAUGAAUACUAUUAGUAAUUGAUCAAGUGUUAUUUUUAUAUUUUUGUAAUUUGUUAUUUUAUUCAUAUUUUUCAAAAAUUUAUAUUUUGGAUUUUAUAUACAAUGGUAGAAGAAAUAAUUAAUUCUACUAAUAAACCAAAGAACAAAACUGCUAGACCCCGUCCAGUUUAUUUAUGGAAUGUAUUAGAUGUACAAAAAUGGUUGAGAAGACAUUGUAGUGAUUAUUAUCAAUUAUAUCAUGAAAAGUUUUUGUAUCAUGAUAUCACUGGAAGAGUUUUGUUAAGGAUAAAUGAAAAUAUUUUAUUGAGACUUGGGAUUGACAAUGAGCAACAUAGAUUGGAUAUUUGGCGGGAAAUAAUGAAAUUACAUCUUAAAACAGACAUGUUAGAAAUUAAAGAUAUUGAGCGACGUAAUAAUAUGAACUUUGAUUAGUAUUUUGCAGACAAUUAACUCAAAUAUAAGCAAUGUUU